GCUGCGCCUGCGUAGUCGGGAGGGGAAGUGAGGCGGUUUCUUCGGCGCCUUUUCCGGCAGCGGCGGCGGCGGCAGAGCUGGGAAGGAGGAGGUGGAGGAAGGAGCGAACCCGCGCUCGGGGCGGCGGCUGGAGGCAGCGCGCUGAGUUCCCGCGAGGGAUCCAUGAGCUGACGGGGCGGCCCGGGUCGGUGGCGAGCCCGGUGUCGGCGGGCGCGGAGGACCGGGCUCGGCGGCGGCGCUCGCGCGGCGCCUGGCGGGGGGGAAGGGCAGUUCCGGGCCGGGCCGCGCCUCAGCAGGGCGGCGGCUCUUCCCCGGCGCAGGCUCAGGGCCCCGGCGGCCGGAGGAAGCAAGUUGUGCGGUCGGUGAUGUCCGAGUGAGCGGCGCCCCCCUCGGAGGCGACACCCACGCAGGCCGCACGGGCGCCCUCGCGGCGGGGAAGGCUGCGUUUCGGUUCCGAGGCGGCGGCUGUGUUGGUUUGAGGGGACCCGGGACACCUGAAUGCCCCCGGCCCCGGCUCUUACGACGCGAUGGGGAAGGUGCUAUCCAAAAUCUUCGGGAACAAGGAAAUGCGGAUCCUCAUGUUGGGCCUGGACGCGGCCGGCAAGACCACGAUCCUGUAUAAGUUGAAGCUGGGCCAGUCGGUGACCACCAUUCCCACCGUGGGUUUCAACGUCGAGACGGUGACUUACAAAAACGUCAAGUUCAACGUCUGGGAUGUGGGAGGCCAGGACAAGAUCCGGCCGCUGUGGCGGCAUUACUACACGGGGACCCAGGGUCUGAUCUUCGUGGUGGACUGCGCCGACCGCGACCGCAUCGACGAGGCCCGCCAGGAGCUGCAUCGCAUUAUCAAUGACCGGGAGAUGAGGGACGCCAUCAUCCUCAUCUUCGCCAACAAGCAGGACCUGCCCGAUGCCAUGAAACCCCACGAGAUCCAGGAGAAACUGGGCCUGACCCGGAUCCGGGACAGGAACUGGUAUGUGCAGCCCUCGUGUGCCACCUCGGGGGACGGACUCUACGAGGGGCUCACAUGGUUAACCUCUAACUACAAAUCCUAAGGAGCGUUCUCCACCCUAUUCCCCCGGAAGGAGAGAAAUCAAAAACCCAUUCAUAGGAUUAUCGCCACCAUCACCUCUUUCAAUCGCCACUUUUCUCUUCUUUUGAAUUUGAACUCGAGUUACUGUUCUAUGGUUUAGGGAGGGGGGGUUGGGUUUUUUUUUUCCCCUUUUUUCUGCUUUGCGUUAGGAUGCUCUGAUCUGACGUUUGACAUGCUCACAAAGUGCUAGAUGCUCUUGUUGACUUCCAGCAAAUGGGGUGGGGGAAAUACAGCAGUUCUUGGUAAAAUCCUUUAUAAUAAUGGUUUGAUUUUUUUUUAAUUUCUAGAGAAUCUUUUUCCCCCCCAAAAUGUAUGCUUUUUUUCCUUUUUGCCCAGUUUCCUUAUCACUUGCUGUAGAUGGCUUAUUUUGCAUUCAUGCAGACUAUGUUGCAAGUCUGUUUCAUCUAGUAAACUGAAAAUUAUUGCUUAAUCAAACUGCCGUUUGUCUUUUAUAUUUAAGACCCCCCACCCCCCGCCUUAUGAAUUCUAACUUAGUAAUUUCAAAUGUGACCUAAGACCAGUAUACGUAAACUUAGCCCACAGUGGCAAAUUAUGAGUAAUAUCAUUGUAAUAUGUUCCAGUUGCACAUCACUAUGUUAAACAGGUAAUGUAACAACCUCUUUGAAAUAUCAGCUGUUAACUCCUAAAACAUACAUCAUGCAUGAGUAGGAAUAAAAACCAGGUUCCUCAUAACAUAGCGAAUUUACGCUGCAUAAAAUUAUGAAAGUGUAACCUCCAAGUACAUGGGGUUUUUGCACUGCAAAGUUUUCCUUUUUUUUUUAACAUCAAAACCAGUCUUUUUUCCAGAAAAUGGAGCAAUAAUGGUGUGUGCCACACACAGAUAUUUGUAGAUAUUUUAAGAUACUUUUGGGCAAAACUGGAAUACUUUUACCUUAUUUCAAGUGUCUAAGACCAGUAGUAUUAAAGUUACUGAAACAUUGGUUUGUUCAUUAAUAAAGCAUUUAAUGAUUCAAAUUAUGUGCACCUUUUACCUAGUUGGAAAAAUACGCAUUUUUGGUUUUACAUUAUUGCAACUAAUUAAGCUGAAAAUGUCAUUUUUUUAAUAGAUGAGUGAUCCACAUCUCCAUUAAUUAGAACACUGGAAAAGAUAUUUUAUAAAAAAGAUAUUUAAUUUUCUUUGUGGGAUUAACUCAUGCAAAUAGUAAGUCAGAUAACCUGUUGGUUCAGUAGUACACUGUCUCCUUUAAGGCAAUGGGAUGAAUGAAUGUUGGAUGUGUAGACUAAAGGGAUGACAAAGGGGAAGUGGGCUGAAGAGAGAACCUACAGAUGACUAUGAAUGUAAAGUUAUUUUUCUUCAAGGGUAAGCAGUGUGCUCACUGGUGAUUUCCAGAUCCUAACAAAAUUAAUUGGUUAGCAGGUUAGGACCAGUAGCUAUAUUGAGACCACUAUUAUAGUAGUAUGUUGAGCCAAAUGUAAAUGCUUGAUAUGGAAUUGUGAAGCACCAUCUGGUUCUUACAUAGCCUUAAGGAUUAAUUUUAGCGAUCCUCAAGGAAUUAAACUUAGGGAAUUUUAGAAAUGUAGACUGCAAAGGCAGUAUACAGGAAAAGGUGGACUGGUCUUUGUUUAUGAGGGUGUUUGAAAUCAAAAUUGAGCGGGAUAUCAUGGUAUAGUUGGACAGUAUUGGUCCUUCAUGCUUUGGCCAUAUUGUAUAAUGGAGCUUUUACCAAAGAUAAUGUGACAAGUGUAAGGCUAUUUUAAAAAAUCAACCAUUCAAAGUAAAACUUGACAGAGCAUUUUACUUAACGCUGAUUAGAGAAAGGUGCUAUGUUGUAGGCUCCUACUGGUGCAAAGGGACUUUUGAGUUCAAGAUGCAACUAAAGUAUAAGGUUGUCAGUUUCACUUUAGUGAAAGUAUCUAAAAAUGAAGCUGAAACACUUCCUAAGAUUUUGGUUGCUUUUUAAAAUUCCCAAAGCUCCACCAUAAAUACAAUUCUUAGUGUUUUAAAUGAUUACACUUAAGGUACAUAAACAUGGGUUAUACAGAUAAAAAUGUUAUAGUAACAUCCAGAAACCAAACAAGCACAAAGGUAUAAAUGCCUAAACUGGAGGAAACUUGAAACCCUCAUGUUAAUUCUUAAAUGUAGUAUUUCUAACUUUUGACAGAUUUGGUAGGCAGCCAUUUUUUGUGUGUCUUAAAAUAACUGGGGGCAUAGUUAAAAUUUUAUACAUCAAGUGAUUGCUAUUGAAUGUUGCAGGUGAGAUGUUAUUUUUAGUUUAUUUGAAAUGUCUAAAUGGAUGGGAGGGAGGGGGGAAGCAAAUACUGAAAUCUGGAAGACUAAACCUUUUGGUAAGAAAUUGUACAUUUCACCUACAUUUUCUUUAAGAAUAUAAAAGGUUUAUAAUUGGUGUAGUUAAAUUGAACCCUAACUAUUGGUGAUUAUGGAACAGGUAAUUAUAGCCUGCAGAAAAAGUUAAUAAUCUAAGAAGUUAAAAAAGAAAAUCCUGACAUUUUUGUUUAAUUGCAUCAAUUUCUGUAUUUAUGUGAAUUUAUAAGCAGUAAGUUCUGAAUGAGGUUAAUCUUGUCUAAUAUAAAUAAUGAGUCUGUGAUUUCCCCAAACUAAAAAGUACAGUAUUUGGAAUUGUGUUCUUUAUGGUUGUAGUGUUGGUUAAGCACUAAUAUGCAGAAAAUAAAGGAAUUACAUGCGCA